GGCUCUAGUGUCCUGGCCCCUGCCAUCAGUCUCUGGCCAAGGCGAACAGGUCAUAGAUUCCCGACUCUGACAAGCAGGACCAGCAUCACACAGGCCACCGCACCGCAUGCCGCCUCUUACCACACCGACCCGCCUGUGGUCUACGCUCACUGCCACGACCGCAUCGUCCUCUUCCUCUCGUGUCCUCCUCUCCCGCUACGACCACACCCCGAAUCCGUUCUUCCGACCCAACUCGGGGCUUCAGCAAGACGACCGAGACAGAUCGGCUUCGCAGUCAAGCAGUAGCGUUGGAGGCAAGGGGAAGAAACCAGUCAGACCAGGGGACGAAGAGCUGGUGGACGAUCAGGAAUGGUCACUACGGGUCGGAUCCGGGAUUCUUCAUCUGCGAACCACACUGCCCCACCUGUUCGACCAGGAUCCACCGAGGGAGAUGUUCCCCCCGACAGUCUACAGUAACCACGUCAGCUUGAGGUUGCCCGCGCCGUUGCCCCUGAAAAUCUCGUCCUUAUCCCUGUAUAGCCUGACAUUUGCGCUAGCCCGACAUGGAAUGCACGCUCUUCACACUGAUCUACACGCCUCGCUGCACAAACUCGCCGUCUCGCCUACACCUACGUUGACAACAUCAACGUCAAACAAGCAAGAACCCCCUGGGGUCCGACGUGAAAGCAAGGCGUUCGGGAGAAGCAAGCAGGUCAGGGUCGUUCUCGAAGUCUGUGGGAUGUCUCGACUGGGCGUUCAGCGAGAGCCCACGUCCUGGCAGACCUCAUCUCUGUACACCUUCUCGCCCAUUUCGGGCCUCGUCACGGAACACCUAGUCGAGACGAUUAGACCCUUGCCUGGCGAGUCGGUUGGCGCGUGGUUGAGCGCGAGGUUGUGGCAUGGGAGAGCAGCGGAGAGCGAGGGAUACCAGACCAUCCCAGGGGUGGGAAUGGUAGGUGCCGGGAUGGGAAUGGGUGGGGAGACGAUGGUCAAAGUGGUAGACGUGGUCGAGGACCCGGUAGGCGGAUCACCUCCAACGUCAUCGGCAUCCUCGAAAACAUCAUCAAUCAGGGACAGAAAUUCAAGGACGAACAAGGACAGGUGAAUUCCCCGGGGCCGAUCCAUCCACCAGUACUGCCCGACCGAGACUUGCCCGAGUUGCUCUUCACUGUAGCUAAUAGAUCCGUACCCCCUGUUCCUUUCGCUUGCAUACGUUGUACGCGCACGUCCGAUCCGAACGACGCUGCGACCUUGUACCAUAUCAACCCCCCUCGGAAUAUCUUUGUCGCGAUGAAACGCAUACCCCG